AUGAACCCGCAAUGUUCUAAAUGUAAGGCAGCAAUAAGGAAAUAUAACUAUUCAGUAAAAGAGAUAGAAAGAAUGCGAAACGACUAUGCAGACUUAAAGAAAGAAGCAGAGAAGCCGGUAGAAGAUAAAAUGAACAUGUUAGAAUUUCUGAACAAAAACUAUCCAACUGCUGACGAUUUCCUUCUAUCUGAUGUCAAGAAGAAGUAUAAAGAAACCUUCGGCAUUGAUAAAACUUUUGAUAUCCUCAGCGAAGAAAUAGAAGCUACAAAACUGUUUAGAAUCUCACGAAUUCAUAACGUUUACCAUGUAAAACGGUUAUAA